GGGGGCGGGGCCUUCCUCCAACCAGCAGCGCUCCAACAUGGCUCCGCGUCUGUGCAGCAUCUCUGCGGCGGCUCGGCGGCUGCUGGGGCGCCCGGGGCCCGGGGGCCGGGACGUUGCGGCUGUGGCUGCAGCGCGCUUCUAUUCCAAGGACAAUGAAGGCAGCUGGUUCCGUUCUCUGUUCGUACACAAGGUGGAUCCCCGGAAGGACGCCCACUCCACCCUGCUGUCCAAGAAGGAGACCAGCAACCUCUACAAGAUCCAGUUUCACAACGUGAAGCCCGAGUGUCUGGAUGCCUACAACAGCCUGACGGAGGCUGUGCUGCCCAAGCUGCACCUGGAUGAGGACUAUCCCUGCUCGCUCGUGGGCAACUGGAACACAUGGUACGGGGAGCAGGACCAGGCAGUGCACCUGUGGCGAUUCUCAGGUGGCUACCCAGCCCUCAUGGACUGCAUGAACAAGCUCAAAAACAACAAGGAGUACCUGGAGUUCCGAAAGGAGCGGAGCCAGAUGCUGCUGUCCAGGAGGAACCAGCUGCUCCUCGAGUUCAGCUUCUGGAACGAGCCACAGCCUAGAGCCGGCCCCAACAUCUACGAGCUGAGGACGUACAAGCUCAAGCCGGGAACCAUGAUCGAAUGGGGGAACAACUGGGCUCGGGCCAUCAAGUACCGGCAGGAGAACCAGGAGGCAGUGGGCGGCUUCUUCUCGCAGAUAGGAGAGCUCUACGUUGUGCACCAUCUCUGGGCCUAUAAAGACCUGCAGUCUCGGGAGGAGACCAGAAAUGCUGCCUGGAGGAAGAGGGGCUGGGAUGAAAAUGUCUACUACACAGUCCCCCUGGUUCGACACAUGGAGUCUCGGAUCAUGAUCCCUUUGAAGAUCUCACCUCUCCAGUGAUGCUGCCGCUGCCUCCACCUCCUCCCACCUCUCCCUCAGGGUAGCCAUGGACAGAGGAGAUCCCAGCCCUGAUGUCUUGGUUUUCUCUCAGACUCUGUGGACUCUGGGGGUAGUGCUCAGCUCAGAGAAGGGGGAGCUGAAGGAUGAUGGGGUUCUGAGAACUCGCAGCCCUGUCCAGACCCUUCCCACCUUCCCUGCCCACCUGUUCCCCUGUGCUGGAAGCAGUUGUUAAUUUCUCUGAAUGAAGAACAGCAACCUUUUGUGUCUUUUCA